AUGGGCUACCUCGUCUCUCCCAUCUCUCCAACCACCUCCUCCGCCUCCCAACUCGACCUUAUAACGAAGGGCGCUGAGAGCGACUCGCUCUCCCCUCCUUUUGCUGGCAUUCGCCGUAGUCACAGCAUCAGCGAGACGAGCAAGUCGGAACUGCAUCCUUUCCCCUGCCCGCAGUCACAUGGCUCUGGCUUGGGGUUAGGGGACUGGAAGCAGCAACUGGCGCGGGCUGCUGAGCUGGACGUACGAGUGGGGCGGUUCUAUUGGUCGGAUCUGGUGGCCCUGUACCGCACAGAAGUGGGAGGGGAAGGUAGUUCUGCUGUCGCAGGGGGAGGAGGAGGGGGAGGCGGGGGAGGAGGAGAGGGGUUCUCUGACGCACCUGUGAUGGAAAAGAGCGGUAGUGUGGAGGUGACCGUCAACUCUGGCGGAAUUGUGUACUUUGCACUGUUCCAACAGAAGAUGCACGAUGCUGGACCCAAACGGGGUGAUUUUGAGCACAAAGAAACAGAGGAGGAAGGCAGGAAUAGGGCGAUUGAGGAAAAGCUGGGGGUGCAAAUUCCGCCUGAAGACACACUCCAAAGCAAAGAUAACAGGGGAGUGGAAAGGAAGGAAUGGUUAGGAGGUGAAGGACAAGGGGUAGAACACCAGCCACAACUGGCAGCAGCGUGCAUCAAAUUCGCCGGGUCGCGCAUCGUGGUGCAGUCAGAGCGAUUCGGAGCAGAGCUGGCCAUGCACUUGGGUAUAGCCACGCCCCAGGUGGAGCAGCUGCCGGUGGGGCAGGAGGUGGGGCAGGUGCGUGUGAAUGAAGGGGCACCAGAGCAGCUGGCAGUAGGGCAGGAGGUGGAGCAGGUGCGUGUGGGGCAGGAGGUGGUGGUGAUAGAUUCGUCCAUCUGCCGGCGCGUGCCGCCCGGGCUGGCAGAGCAGGACAGGGAGGCCAUUCCUCGCCUCGUGCAGCUGUUGCUGCAUGACCCUCACUUCGCCGCCCACACACUCUUCCACGCCUCCUUUGGCGCGCUGGGCGAGUUAGAUAAGCAGAGCGAGCAGGACAAGUUGCGUGAGCAGGGCGAGCAGCAUAAGCAGGGCGAGCGGGGCGUGCAGGACAAGCUGCGCAGCCUGGGCGCCACUGUGCUCCCGCCAGCAGCAGCUAAUGACGGUGGUUUCCUGCCAGGAUCAUCAUCAUCAUCGUCAUCAUGCUCGUUUUCAUCCUCGCUAGAGUCAUCCUCGUUUGGCUCGUCUUGCUCCUCCUUCCCGUCCUCCUCGUCGGGUGCUGCUGGAACAGGUGUUUCUGCAACAGAUGAUCCUGGAACUGGUGCCACUGCUGGUGCUCCUGCUACAGAAACACGUGCGUUCCAGCAGGGGUUCCGGGAGGCGAUGGAGGAGAUGGGGCGCGUGCAGCGCACGCUGGCAGCGCUUCACUCUCGCCUGGACGACAUGCUGCGCGCCUUCCUCGCGUUUGUCACCUCCGUGCCCUCACUUGAUGGGCCAGGGGAGGGCGGACGAGGCGGGGAGAGUGGGCGAGGCAGGGAGAGCGGGGAGAGUGGGCGAUUUGGGGAGCGAAGUCGAGAGUUUGGGGUGGGUGGGGGAGGCCGGGAGAGUGGAGAGAGUGGGGGGCGAAUGGGGUAUGGCAGCAGGAGGAGAGACAGUGACAGUGGGAAGCAGGAGAUGGUGGUGGGAGGAGAGGGAAGCGUGGGAGAGUGCAAAUGGAGAGGAGGGGAGGGAGGAGGAGGGAUGGGAGGAGGAGGGGUGGGAGGAGGAGGGGGGGCACUGGUUGAUAUAAACACAACGACCCCGUUUCCUUUCCGAAAGGGGUCGCACAUUCUCUCACCUUCGUCUGUCCAGAGGCCAGGAGUCAACAACAAAGGGUGCAAUGGCAAUGGUCGUGGUGGCGGCAGUGGGAUUGGUGAUUGCAGCAACAGCAGGAUAGGCGAUGGAGCUGGUCCUGACUUCAAUUGUGCCGGUGACAGCUGUGACAGGCGGUUAGGACCUGCUGUGAGACGAUCCUCACCGUCCAUCUCGUGCCGCACUGAACACAUGCCUGCGAGUAGAUUGGACUUUGGGAGUGUUGGUGGGGAGAGGGAGAGCGACAGCAAGAGGGAUGGUAGCAGUGGUGCUAGUGGUGGUGAUGGUGUUGGGGGUUCUGGCAGUGGUGCUUGUGGUUAUGGUGAUGGUGGUGGCGGUACUGUCAGUGGUGUCAGCUGUGGCACUAGUGAGGGUGGUGCUGCCAGAGAGCUAGAGAUUUCAAUUACAGUGCAAGAGAUUCCAGAUAAUGCUGACAUGACAUCUGCAGGCCAGGACACUGAACAGUUCCCUCCACCUCCUCUCUUCCCUUCCGCUGCCUCGUCCUCUCAUCCUCCCCCUUCUGUUCUGUCGCCUGUUCCUGAAGCAGAAGACCCCAUCUCCCCUGACUCCGCUCCUCCUUCUGCCACCACUGCUGUAGCCAGAACCACGUCAUCACCAUCCCCUUCCACGUCAUCAGCAUCCCUUCCCACGUCAUCACUCUCCCGCAACGAUUCAGCCAGCAGGACCCUACAUCUGCCCUCCCUCCGCCCCCCUGUCAUCUCAGCAGCAGAAGAUACCAUGGAGGAGCCUUUCAAUGCACCUGCCCCAGAUCUACCUUCCCCAGUAACACCCUCCCCUCGCACAGCCGGCUCACAUAGUACCGCCCUGUGGUCGCCCCACACCCCCAGGGACUUCGAAUCUUCCCUCGACUCCUCCCCCCAGGCGGCCCCCCUUUCCCCUCGAGCACCCCCCUCUGCUGAAACCUCUCCCUGUAAGGGCGAGGAGUCGUACUCACAGCAUGUGAUGAGGCGGAUAUCACCUCCCCCAGUCAUGCCUCCCUCUGCUGCUGGGCCUGCGUACGGCUACGCCUCUCGCACUGACUGCUCUCCAACUGAUGCUGAUGCUGCUGAUGCUGAUGCUGGUGCUGGUGCUGAUACUGAUGCUGAUUCGGCUGCUGAGGGCAAUGGUGGUGGUGAUGGCGGUGGUGGUGGUGGCAAUAGUGGUGUUGGUGGCAGUGUCAGUGCCGGUGGUCGUCGUACUGUUCUUUCCCGUCGGCCCCGUGCCCCUCCCCCUUCCCCUGCUCUCUCUGCCCCCGCCUCCCCGGCCCCUCCCUGCUCUCCCGCUCCUCCCCGCUCCCCUAUCCCUCCUCGCUCUCCAAUCCCCCCUCGCUCCCCUGCUCCUCCCCGCUCCCCCAUCCCCCCCCGCUCGCCUGCUCCCCCACGUUCCCCUGGCCCAUACCGCCGAUCAUCUGCUGGUGCUGCCCUCUCGCCCCACCUCGUGCGCUCCCCUGCUCGCUUUGCUCCCCGAUCUCCUUCUCUCACUAGCGCCCGCUCGCCCUUCCUUAGUAGAAUCUGUGAGAAGACCGCAGCAACCGACGAGGCAGACCGACAAGCAGCAGCAGCGGCAUCUGCAGCUGGAGAAGCAGCUGGGGAACCUGCUGGGAAGGCCACAGCUGAAGCAUCGACACAAGGAGAUGCAAGCUCUUCAGAAGCAGGUCCUCCUGCUGCUGCUGCCGCUGGUGCUGCUGUGGUUCCUGUUGUUACCACUGCUCCCACUAGCGCUGCUGUUUGCGCUGCCAGCUCGCCACCCACCCGUGCCACCUCCCCCAUGUCUCUCUCCUCCGCCUUCUCCUCCCCUCCCUCCACCCGCCCCUCGCCCAUUACCCGCCCUACCCACCAUCGGCAGAAGCAACCGCACCUUCUUCUUACCACCACCACCACCACUGCCACUAACAAUGCCACUGACACCGCCACCACUAGCGCCACCACUACCACUCUUGCUGAUCCCGCACCUGUUCCUUCCACUGAUAUUGCCACUGAUACUGCCACUGGUACUGCUCGUGACACUAGCACCAGCAGCAUGCACACUCCCCCAGCCAACCGCACCCGUCUCCUCGCUCGCAGUCCCACCUCUCGCCCCACCCACAAAUCCUCCUCCCUCAAAACCCCCUCCACUUUCCAAACCCCUUCCCACAAAACCCCAUCCCACAAAACCCCGUCCUCCCACAAAACCCCCUCCAACCCGCGUCACGCACCCGCCUCCAUCAGCAAAUCCGCAGCCAAAGCCGCUGCGUGGAGGGCGUCUCUGGGUGGUUUACCCUCCCGGCUGAGCAUGAAGAUCCGCGGGGUGAGGAAGUCAGCACAGGGGGACGAGGAGCUGAGGGAGCAGGUGCAGCGGUGGGAUGGGAUGAUGCGGGAGGAGGCGGGGCGGAUAUGCAAGGCGGCUGCAGUGCCGUUUGUGACAGGGUUCAUGGAGGCGAGUGGAGGGGGCGGGCUUGUAUGCUCGGCUGCGGUGCCGUUUGUGACGGGGUUCAUGGAGGCGAGUGGCGGGGGCGGUGCACACAGCCUGGUGGAUGCUUAUGAGCUCAAGGUGCGCCUACACCACCUGCUGGAGCGGUGGGGGCUGGUGCAGGACUCGAUGGCGACUGAGCGCCCCUCGCUGGUCCUCCCUCACCUUUACCUGGGGUCCGCCAUUGCUGCCCGCUCCUUCCCUCUGCUGCACCACCUGGGCGUGCGGCACGUUGUGACACUCUGCCCCACGGACCUGUUAGACCCUGAUGCGGAACAGUCCCCCCUCUUCAACUACCUCGUGCUGCCGAUGCGCGACUCAGACCGGGAGGAUUUGAGCAAGUACAUUGACACAACGAGCAGCUUCCUGGAAGCUGCCAUCAGCAAGGGCGAGGGGGUGCUGGUGCACUGCUAUGAGGGCCGCAGCCGAUCCGUGUCAAUCGUGCUCGCUUACCUCAUGACUAAGAGGCGCAUGCCCGUGGCGCCGCAUGGGUGGCGCAUGCCCCUGGCGGAGGCAUGGGUGGUGCUGCACUCCGCCCACCCCCACCCUGCCCCCAACAUCGCCUUCCUCUGCCAGCUCGCGCAUGCCCCUGGCGGAGGCAUGGGUGGUGCUGCACUCCGCCCACCCCCAUGCCGCCCCCAACACCGCCUUCCUCCGCCAGCUCCCCUGCCUCUGCUCCUGCAGCAACUGCACCCUCCUCCUCCACUUCUGUCUCCCCCACGCCUCUCGCUCUGCCCUGAUGUCCGAGGGGGCGAGUGA